GUUCUCUGCCUAGUAAAGUCUCAAGUUUGUCUAAUGCGGUAAAACGCCUAAAGGUAAUCAAUGGAUUCUUCGUUCAGAUUUAUUAGGCCGAGGCCUCUAUGCUCGCACCCGCACCACCAACACCACCACCACCAUCCUCUUUGUCACCGCCACCACCAUCACCACCACCACCAGUGCCACCACCACUUCUGCCCUUCCCACAACCACUGCCAUCACCACCAUUAUAAUUGCCAUUGCCUUGUAUGCCCUAGGUUUGCCCCGCAUCCUCUAAGAGGCCCAGAACUUAUCGGUUCUUAUCCACCGCUAAACGACUUGGCUGAUGCGCACAAAGAAACUGCCUCCAUCACCCAGGUAUUGCAAGACCCUGGCCACAAUGUAUCAGAAGAGGAAGAAGAAGAGGAGGGGGACCCAAUUUUUGUUCUAACUGAUGAAUGGAGGGAGUUCUUUGCCAAAUCUGAAGCUAAGAGAAAAUUAGAGAAACAGCAGGCUAAGAAAAAAAGACAAACGCUAAUAGGAAAUGCUGGGCAUGCUCUUGAUCUUGUACCAUCUAAUGCUCAACCAUGAUUAUGAUAGCAAUUCCUUCUUGAGAUCUGCUAGGAGUUUUGUCUAUGGAACGAUUAGGCAUCAUUAUUCUCAUUCUCAUGGUGAACUCGAGUCAAUCAUAUUGCAUUUGGGUAAAAAUAUUCAUCUAAUGGCUAGAAAGCACGUUUAAUAUGAGAAUGUGUUUUCCUUAGCCGUUUCCUUCUCCAUUUUUAAAUUGAAUUGGCUAGAACGGUCCCAUUUUUUAACAUCAAUGGUUAGUAUCAUGUCCUUCAUACGGCUCAAUGAUGCAGGGAAGCAUUGGAUUCAGUAAGCGACCUCCACUGGACCUUUAUUCAAUUCAACUAACGAAUCCCGACUUCAUGUGUUUGGUUUUAUGAAUAUUUUUUACUUGAUUUAGUGCUAAAUAUUUAGUGAUGAUGCUAGAUUCUCCUGUAUUAUCAUCAAUCUUCUUUAACACUUUUGUAACUCAAAUAUGCAACAUUUUGAACUUGUUACUGAUUUCAAUAUAAUUACUGAACUUUAUUAUUAA